UGGAGGGUUCCUUCUUGGGGCUUUGGCGUUGAGAGAGAGGGGCUUUGAAACGCUUUUUCUCUCUCUCGCCACGCCAACAAUGCGGAGGUUCCGUGUUCUACUGGGCCAGGACUGUGUUUUCUCGGGCGAGAAUCAAUAGAUAUUUUGUGGGUGGGGAGCAAUCUGUCGACUUGACAAAUAUUUGAAAAAAAGGAGGGGGGGGGGGGGGGGGGGAGCGAGUGUUCGAUCGGUUCUUGGUUGUUUCGGGGUUUGUUUUUGGGUGGGCAUGUGUGAAAUGGACGCCGGCGAAGAGAGGAAGGCUGAUUUGUACGCUGUGUUGGGGUUGAAGAAGGAAUGCUCGGCCGCCGAGCUCAGGAAUGCUUACAAGAAGCUUGCUCUGAGAUGGCACCCAGACCGGUGCUCGGCGUCGGGAAGCUCAAAGCACGUAGAAGAAGCGAAGAAGAAGUUUCAGGCAAUUCAAGAAGCCUAUUCUGUUCUCUCCGACGCCGACAAAAGGUUCCUGUACGACGUUGGAGUCUACGACUGUAAUGAUGACGAAAACGGAAUGGGUGAUUUUCUGAAUGAGAUGGCUGCUAUGAUGUGCCAAAACAAGCCUAAUGGAAAUGGGGAGGACAGCUUCGAAGAAUUGCAGGAGUUAUUCGAGGAGAUGAUUCAAAGCGAUAUUGAAUCGUUUGGUUCCACCUCACAGACCGCGACUCCUCCCUCGUGCUCGUCCUCCUUGUAUGCGUCUUGUGGUGAGAGCUCCAGUGCCACCAACAAGCGCAGUUGCUCUGAGAUGAACUCGGGGAAGGAGAAGACCGAAUCCUCUUCUGGCUUCCACGCAGGCUUCGAGGGCUUCUGUUUUGGGACAGGCAGAACAUCAGCAAAACCCGAGGAGGGGGAGAGGAGGAGGAGGGGGAGGAAUGCCCGGGGCUGCCGGAGAUAGACGGCGGGGCAGGAAGCAGAAGGUUUCUUUCGGCCACGGCGUCUCGUCUAGCAUAUCUACUUGAUGGUGCAGUGCAAUCAAUAGCUUCACAAUCAGCCUAACAUGGAUGCUUACUGAUGAAGAUUUAUAAGCCGGUCCGGCAUGGACGAGACACCAGGCAUUAGAUAGAGAGCUUCUCUAGUCAUUCUUUUGACCCUUCUGUGAUAGUAGGACAAGUGUCCCAUUUCUCUGGGAAAGAUAUGCAUCCUUGAGGCCUGUGGGUGCCCUUUGGUGGUGGUGGUGCUCUCUCCUUGUGUUCUCAAUAUUUAGUGCUUGGAUUCAACUAAAACUAAGCAACAUAAUUGCACAACAAAGGAAGAACUUGUAUGGAGUUGUCAUGAAAUGUUUUUUUUUUUUCUUUUUCUUUUCUUUUUUUCUCUUUUCACAAAUGUCAACUACUCGGAUUUGGAUUUGGGUUUAAGUUAGGUCUCCUUUCGAUCCAUUUAAUCGAAUUUGGUUGUGAGCAUGUAUUUAAUUGUCUA